AUGGCUUCUUCUAUUUCUUACACAUACUUGUUUCAAAAAAUUACUGAUUGUGAACUGCCAAGUAAAGAAACUUUAGAUAUAUUAUCAGCAAAAAUUCCAACUAUACAACCUUCUAAAAGAAACAGAACACAGUCAUCAAAAUUAAAACUAUCAGCACUUUGUUCUUGGUUACCAAAGGAUUAUUUUGCAAAAAUUAAAGCUGAUUUUACUCCACAUUUUGAAGAAAACCAAAUUAAAGAAUCAGUAACAUGGUUACAAUUAGGAUAUACAGCAAGAGAAAGUUGGAUCGAUGAUAAAAAAAAUAAAGUAAAAUCAAGAAUUAUGCAAACUUUAAUUAGUGAUAAUGAACUAGAAUCACCACAACGAAUUGCCAAAGAAGUAUUUCAUAUUAAUAAAGAAAAUACAAGUUAUAGAUUUGAAACAGAAUCAAAUAAAUUUUGUGAAGGUGAUGAUGAUAAUUUGGCGCAAGAUAAUCAUGAAAACUAUAUGAAUUAUUCUAACACUUAUACUACUUCUGGUUUAAACAAUUAUACUCUUUCUACUUCAAGUGGUGGUGUAAUUUCUGAUGAAUAUAAUAAUCCUACCUUCAAUAGCUAUAUUGGCUCUGCUCCCGAUAGUGAAGCUAAUGAAAUUAAACAAACUACAGAUAGAAUAAGCAACAGAACACGACAAAAAAUUAAUUAUCCAAUUUCCGAAAAUAGUGGCUUACCUACUCCUAAUAGCGAUAGUGAAGAAGCAGAUGAAAAUGCUAUAUCUCAGAAUUCUAAAG